GGGAGCCCCGAAACGAAGCCGCUCGGCCGGGGCGGUGGAAGAAGCUGGGAGCGCCUCAGCCCAACCCUGCGCAGCUGGAGGAGGUCUGCCCGGAGAGGCCAUUGGAGGAAGAGCGCCACGUGACAGAGGGGUGCCAAUGUUAUUCUCCAAGGGUGUCAAGACCCUGUCAGUUUGCGAAAUAAAUAUUGGGAAACAACGAAAUGCAAAAAGCGACCUACUACGACAGCUCUGCAAUCUAUGGUGCCUACCCCUACCAAGGAGCAAAUGGUUUCACUUAUAAUGCGAGUCAGCAGCAAUAUCCUCCAUCUUCAUCACUUGUGGAAACUGAGUACCAUCGCCCCGCGUGCUCCCUCCAGUCCCCUGGCAGCUCUGUGUCCCAUCACAAGGCCAAUGACAUCAGUGAGAGUUGCAUGAGGACCCUCCCCAACCAGACUCUCCAGCCCCCCAGCAUCGCUGACCCACAGGCUCCACCGCAGCCGCCUCCAGCCCAGCAGUCACAACCUCCACCUCCGUCCUCCACUUCACCAUCUCAAAAUGCCAGCAGCAACCCUGCCCCGGCCAACCCCACCAAGAGCCCAGCUCUUAACUCACCCACCGUGUCCAAACAGAUAUUCCCAUGGAUGAAAGAGUCUCGGCAAAACACAAAGCAGAAAAACAGCAGUUCCAGUUCAGGUGAGAGUUGUGCUGGUGAUAAAAGCCCUCCAGGGCAAGCCUCCUCUAAGCGAGCCCGUACAGCUUAUACAAGUGCCCAGCUGGUAGAACUGGAAAAGGAGUUCCACUUCAAUAGGUACCUUUGCAGGCCACGAAGGGUAGAAAUGGCUAAUUUGCUCAAUCUCACAGAAAGACAGAUCAAAAUCUGGUUUCAAAACCGCAGAAUGAAAUACAAAAAGGAUCAAAAGGGAAAGGGUAUGAUGACCUCUUCAGGAGGACAGUCCCCAAGCAGAAGCCCUGUCCCUCCAGCUGCUGGGGGAUAUCUAAACUCUAUGCAUUCUUUAGUAAACAGUGUCCCCUACGAGCCCCAGUCGCCUCCACCAUUUAACAAGCCUCAUCAAAACACCUAUGGCAUCCCUGCAUCUUAUACUGCUCCUCUUAACAAUUGCCCACCGCCUCAAAAGAGAUACACGGGGACAGCAGCUGUGACACCUGAAUAUGAUACUCAUCCUCUUCAAGGCAACGGUUAUGGGAAUCCACACAUACAGGGAAGCCCCGUCUAUGUAGGGGGCAACUACGUGGAGACCAUGACCAAUUCUGGGCCUUCCAUCUUCGGUCUAACUCAUCUCCCUCAUCCUCCCUCUGCCAACAUGGACUACAGUGGGGCUGGGCCAAUGGCCAACAAUCACCACCAUGGACCUUGUGAUCCACAUCCAACAUACACAGACCUUACCGCUCACCAUCCUUCUCAGGGAAGAAUUCAGGAAGCGCCCAAACUCACUCAUCUGUAAGAGACAGGAGUCACUAAGAGGAACACCAAGCCCCCAAGUUUUGGAAAGUACUCAUCCCUUCCCUUCUCUCUCCUCCUCCCAACAUGUGCCCUCCCCUUCCCUUCUCGUUUCUUUUGUUCGUUUUGGUUUGUUUUGUUUCCUUUCGUAAAAGCGUUUUCUAGUUUAUGUGACGUAGCAAUAUUUGUUGCUUGAAUUGCUCUAUAGUUUCACUAGUGGAUAUUUAUCUUCUUGAACUGUAGCCUUGUGUCUCACUUUGGGAGUAUGCAGAGGCUUUAUACUUUACCUUCUACACUUUUAUCAAAACAGGGUAUAUGAACAAAUUUUCUAUAAAAGGAAUUCUUAAAUGUGAAUUUGUUCGUACAUGAUUGAUCCCACGGGGAAGCAAUUUUUUUUAUUGCACUUCUUUUAAAUAGCAAGAAAGACAUCAAAAGCGCUUGGACAGGGACUUCCUGGACAAUUAUUGAUACGUGUAAGUCUUUCAAUGUGUGUAUGCUGGUGAACAUUCAGAUUUAU